AUGUGUUUGGUAUCAGUAAAUGCCGAGAAGUCUAAAGACCCGAGCCAAAAGUUGAUCUCUGACUCUGACCCAGUUCCUGGGUUUGAUGGCCUGUCUUUGAAGGAGAACUAUGACCCAGAAAGUGAUAUAUAUGAAAAUGAAUCAUCUCUCUCCUUAAGCGAAUCAGCCGAGGAAUAUCAAGCCUGGGUGUCUUUAGCACUGAAGCCAAAGAAGCAAUUGCACAAGAGGAAGGGUGUCCCUCGCAGAGCUCCACUUCUUUAG